GCGGCGCUGCGCACUCUCCAUUGGCCGAGAGCGGCGGCGGGGGCAGGCCGAGUCCUGCGAUUGGCUGUUGGAGGAAGGUGUCCGGAGGCCCUAGCGGCCAGCAGGCGCUGCCGGUCAUGGAGACCCCUUCCGUGCUGACCCAGGGGGCUGCGCAGCAGAGGGGCCCCAUGGUCCCGGAGAAACCGGUGCAGGACCAAUCGGAACGGAAGCCGGAGCGGCGGAGGCCGGGGCGGAGGCCGGGGCGGAGGACCCAAGAGGACCAAGAAGAGGAAACGGUUAUUAGAAGCGUGGUCAGUUUCACCCCGGACCCUUUACCAGCUAGAUAUUAUGACAAGGAUACCACCAGACCCGUCAGCUUUUACUUAUCAUCCCUGGAGGAGCUCCUGGCCUGGACCCCGCUCAUGGAGGAUGGCUUCAAUGUAGCCCUGGAGCCCCUGGAGCGCCGCCAGCCCCCACUGAGCAGUCCCAGGCCCCGGACCCUGCUGUGCCACGACAUGAUGGGCGGGUACCUGGAGGACAGGUUCAUCCAGGGUUCGGAGGUGCAGAACCCCUACUCCUUCUACCACUGGCAGUACAUCGACAUCUUUGUGUACUUCAGCCAUCACACGGUCACCGUUCCCCCCGUGUGCUGGACCAACGCUGCGCACAGGCACGGAGUCUGCGUGCUGGGAACCUUUAUCACGGAGUGGCAGGACGGGGGCAGGCUCUGCGAGUCCUUCCUGGCUGGGGACGCGCGCUCCUAUCAGGCAGUGGCUGAUCGGCUGGUCCAGAUGGCUCAGUUUUUUCGUUUUGAUGGCUGGCUCAUCAAUAUCGAGAACCCUCUGAGCCCGGCAGCCGUGGGGAACACGCCUUCGUUUCUCCGGUACCUGACCACGCAGCUCCAUCAGCAGGUGCCUGGAGGUCUGGUGCUCUGGUAUGACAGCGUGGUUCAGAGUGGCCAGCUCAAGUGGCAGGACGAACUCAACGAACAGAACAGGGUCUUCUUUGACUCCUGCGAUGGCUUUUUCACCAACUACAACUGGCGGGAGGACCACCUGCGGAGGAUGGUGGCACAGGCUGGCGAGCGCCUGGCUGACGUGUACGUGGGCGUGGACGUGUUUGCUCGGAGCAACGUGGUCGGAGGCCGUUUUGACACCGACAAGUCGCUGGAGCUGAUCCGAAAGCACGGCUUCUCGGCAGCGCUGUUUGCUCCUGGCUGGGUGUACGAGUGUCUGGACAAGAGCGACUUCUUUCAGAACCAGGACAGGUUCUGGAGCCUGCUGGAGCGCUUCCUGCCCACACACAGUAUCUGCUCCCUGCCUUUUGUCACCUCUUUCUGCCUGGGCCUGGGGACGCGAAGAGUCUGCUAUGGCAAGGAGCAGGCAGUGGGGCCCUGGUACCACCCGAGUGCCCAGGAGACCCAGCCCCUGUUUGGUGAACACAAGCUGGCUGGAGACGGCGGGGGCUGGGUGAAGGCCCACUGCUGCCUGGCCGACGCCUGGCACGGGGGCGGCUCUCUGCUGCUCCGGGGCCAGAUCCCACCCGAGGUUGGCAACGUAGCCGUGAGGUUGUUCUCCUUGCUGGUCCCAGCGCCACCCAAGCUUUUCCUGUCGAUGGUGUACAAGUUCGAAGGCCCCACGGAUGUCCAGGUGGCUUUGGAGCUCACAACAGGGGAUGCCGGCAGCUGCCAUGUGGGUAGCGUGUCAGUGUUGAAUGCAGAAACUGGCUCAAGGCACAGCCCCCGACCCCUCCGGGUGCCCCCCACCAAGCUGGCCAGAUGGGUUGGCCGUUGUGGCCAGCAGCUCAGUGGGGGCUGGAUUCAACGCUGCUAUGAGGUGAGCCUGCAUGGAUGCCUGCUUCAGGACCUCUUGGUGAGCUUCUCACGGCCACCGGGCAGCCGUGAGGAGAAGAGCUUCGUUUGUCGUCUUGGAGAGAUCCAGGUAGUUGAUGCCAACAGCCUGCUGGUCCCUCUGCCUCGGGUGAAGAACGUCACCAUCUCACAGCUCCGCUGGGUCCCCCUAAUUUCUGGGUCCGAGGGCCUCCCUGCCCGGCUCCUUCUCAGCUGCACUCUGCACUGGUCUUUCCUCCUGCCCCAAGCCCGGUGCUUCCGGAUUCACUGCUGGGCACGGACAGGCAGCAGCUCUGCAACGGAGGAGGCCCCUGGGACUGAGAAGCCGGUGUUCCUGGGCCUGGCUUUUGCCAACCAGUACCGCGUGGUGGACUUGGCUGUGGAGGCUGUUAGGUUUGGGCAGGAUGGUCGUGUGGAGUUCCUGGUGGAGCCUGUCCCCAGGGAGGGCUUCCUGGUGCCUCAGGCUGAGUGGGCCAGGGCGGCCCUGGUCUACUCAGCCCCUCAGUGAACUCUCACCCCAGGGCACGCAGUACCUUCUCACCUCAAGACCCGGGAUUUCUUCUUGGCCAGCCACCCAGGGCUGAGGGGACUGCUGAGCUCAGCUGGGUCCCCAGGAGGCCAGGUCUCAAGGCUCUGGCUGUGUUCUCAGGAAACUCUGCCCUGUGGGCGGGCUAGGAGAGUCACCUAGCCUCCACAUCCUUCCGUGUGAUGCUCUCCAUGGGACGCAGGUCUCAAGGAAGAAGGAGAGCGGCUGAGGUUUCUUCCCCGAAAGUUCCAUAAAGGCUGUCACUCAUAGUCUGAAAA